UCUGUCUGUCUCUCCGUCUCUCUUUCGACCUACACAAACAGAUCCUAUUUUUGUCAGUUUGAUGGUGUUGAACUAUUGAAAUUUGACCCAACAAACAAAAAAAUCAUUGUUGGAGCAAAGCCCAUCUCCCAUGUCUAAAAAAAAGAUGAGAACAAAAUGAUUGAUUUAAUGAGGACUUCACGGUUAAUUUAUGCAGCAAGAGACAUUGACCAGUGCAUGUCUACAAAAACCACCACCUGAUCCCAGGAGCACAGGGCUCUUCAUCCUGAUCAGAGGCGGGACCACCGCCUUCAGUUGCCGCAUCAAUGACGUCACUGUGAUACAAAUGGAUCAAUCCAUGAUGUUAUGUAAAUAUAUAAACAAGUGUCCAAUGCACUAAACCUUUUCCAAAAUGAGUGAGUCUUUAAAAGAAAAGGCGUGAGGACACUGGUGGUGCUGUCUCUGUGUUGUGCUCUACUAUUCUAAUCCAUAGGACUAAAGUGUGCUGCAUUUAGGCUCCCUGGGACAGAUGGUGCAGCUGGUGCCUGCAGGCCAUUGCAGUAUUAAGAGUAAAGUUUACAAACUAAAUCUAAAUUCAACAUUUUACUGCCCAAUUCAAUUACAAUUUAGUCACGUUGUGAAUUAUGUAUUUUUUAUUUCUGUCGAAAGGCAUUGUAGCACAAACUACCUUGUUCAUUAUACCGGUUUACUGUUUUGCAAGUAUUCAGGUAAAUCGAGCAAUAAAUCUUGAAAGACCAGCUCUCACAAUAAGUAUGUGGGCCAUUAGUGACUAUCUGAGCGCUGUGCAACCUCGUCCAUGUUCAUAAAGCUAUCCGUGCCUUUAAAUGCUCCGGCCGAAAAUGUCCGCUUAAACUUGAACGCACCAUAAAUCACUGCGUAGAUUAUUCUGCAACUCAAGGGAAUUCCGGCAAACUCACAUGACACCACCUUUCCACCUCUAUUGGUCGGAGGCACGUGUCUGGGAGAGCCGUAGUACGACGUCAUCCCAGCGUCUCGCAGCCAAUCAUAAAUGAGAACCAAAAUCCGUAGUGAAAGUAUUUGAGCGGCGUCUCCAUCAGGGCAGUUAGUUCUACCGGGAGCAGCAAAAAUUGUGUGCAAGGUCCCAGAAAAAAUGUAAGAGGCUGAACUAUAGAGUUUUAAAUAUUUCAUCUUUUUUAGAACAAAAAUUGUACACCAGGUCCAGCUAUGAUGAGUAGAAAUUUACCAGAAACUGAAACAUGAUUUGUCUUUGUAAAAAUCAUAAGAGGCGCGUUUCAACACGAAAAGAAAUAUCAGCCACUCUGCUUCAAACGGAAUUAGUGUAGCUCACCAUCGGGUUGUUUUUGAUAGCAGCCUUGUUAAUGGUAAGACGGUGCACGGAACAACACGGCAUUGGAAUAACUACUUAGCAGCAGGGUGCAGAGAAAGAGGUGCUGGGGGUGUGCAGGCUCUCGUCAUAAUGGAAGAAAAUGCUCACCGACACCCAGAGCGCGCGGAGGACUCCGGCGAGGAGUCCAACCGGGCCAUCCGACCCCUCCUACCGCCUGGCAACCAGCAGUCCCAUCGGAUCACCAACUUUUACAUCGACAACAUUUUGAGACCGGACUUUGGCAGAAAGAGGAAGAAUGGGACGUUGGUCCGGGAUGGAGACCGCCCAGGAGGCAUCAUACGAAGAGAUGAGCAAACGGGGAGAAAGUCCUCGAAAACUCGCGACCCGCAGCCCGCUGCAGCAGGAGGAGAGGAGGAGGACACGGGAGCAUCCGAAGAACAGCAUCCGGAAACUGAGGCCAGGAGGCCUGAGCCGAUAGCCGGCGAUGGGCUCGUGAAGGGUCGAGGGGGCGGCAGCCCCGAGGCCGGGCCGGCCCCCGCGUCCAAGCCGAUGCUGUGGCCCGCCUGGGUUUAUUGUACCCGGUACUCAGACCGUCCGUCAGCAGGGCCCAGAUCCCGAAAGCCAAAGAAGGCCCCGACCCCGAGUAAAGAGGACAAGCGGCCCCGGACGGCCUUCACCGCGGAGCAGCUCCACCGGUUAAAAACGGAGUUCCAAAACAACCGGUACCUGACCGAGCAGCGCAGGCAGAACCUCGCCCUGGACCUCGGCCUUAACGAGUCUCAGAUCAAAAUCUGGUUUCAGAACAAACGGGCCAAAAUCAAGAAAGCCACCGGGAAUAAAAACUCUCUGGCGCUGCAUCUCAUGGCGCAGGGCCUGUACAACCACGCCGGCUCCAAGGACGCCAAGUCGGACAGCGAGUAGAGGAGGCACGGGGAUAGAAGGGCUUAGGAACCAUGCAAUAAUAUCACUCCAGUACCACCGUUUAUAUUUAAAACGCAACCAGAGACCUUAAUGUGACGAUGGCUUUGUCCUUAUGCGCGUCCGUGCAGGCGGCGCGUCCUCGGGUCUGUGCGCAUGGCGACGUUUAGUCCGAGACAAACAUUCUGCUGCGUUCAUGUUCAACCAGAAGUUGCUCUUCCAUGGAAGAAACACCUCCCUUUAAUGAGAUAAAAUGAGACCUCUUUUGUUACAACGCGACACACAUCACGGGUCAAUUGUGUCUCACGAGGGGAGUGUGUUUUCAAACAGAUUUGCUCCUGGUAAAAACAUGUACUAAUCGUUUUAGGUCAAAUAUGAGCAGCCGUGUGAGCACUGAUGGGACUCAAAUGAUGCGCUCAUACAAUAAGGAUCACGUGAUUUUAUUAUGAUCUUUAAUGUUAUGUCUUAUGUUAUAUUACACGAGGCCACGAGAGGCCGGACGCCUCAGUCCGUUGGAGUUGUAUUCUCCACAAUUGCGAUCUAGUGCGACACUCAGACCAGAGACGUGGACCCCCAGGAUAUAUCCCGGGCCAAUGCGGGCCAGAAGAAGCGGACUGAUGGAGGCGGGAGAAUGCGUCCAUCCCACUUGACUGGAAGACGCGGACCAUCGUUUCCUGGAGACACACUCAACUCUCAAUGUAGAGAUGACGUUAUCGCAGAUGGAGCCGGUGUGUCCGACGGUGUGAGAGGCGGGAGUAGUGAGCUAACAUCCAAUAGGAGCGCAGAAGUGACGAACGCGAGGCACGCUGAAACGGACUGGACAGCCGUCACGCGCACUACGGAACUUUAUUGAUCAUGAAAACUAUAUGCUGAAAUCCAAAGAUUCUUUUCUGCUGCAUUCUGGGAACUGUAGCCGCCUUUGUGUUGUGUGUGUGUGUUUGUACUUGGUGCUCUUCUUUCCUUCCUGUUGUGUUCUGUCUGCGUAUCGUGAAUGCUGGCCUGGUGGUUUGAAUGUCACUUAGCCUUCUAGCGUCUUGGGAAUGUACCGACCCGUUUUAUAUCCGGAAUUAAAGCUCUAACUUGUAGAAGAUGUCUUCUUCAUUACAAAAUACGUCCUCACUAAGGAGCUGGCAAUGUCCCCGCAGACACACAAGAGCCCACCCAAGGCUCCAUUUGGUUUAUCGAGAUCACAUUCGUUUGAUGUGUAUUAUUCUAUGAAUGCUGGCUGGAGAAGAUGAGUUAGCGGGACCCUCCAUUGGGAUGGAUCGUCUCCACGACUCCUCCGGUUCCUCUCCGACCUCUGGAGGCCAUGUGCUUCUUCGGGUGUUCAAGGAAAACAGGCCGAGUGUAGAUGUUGUUAACAAAAGCUGUUAUAUUUUUAUUUAUACAAGGUACAACUGUAGCCAUGUGGAAACAGGGCUCAGAAGUGUUUACAUAACUUAUUUUUCCUGCAAUAAGUACAAUGCUGCAUGUGUCGGUAGACUCAAACCAAACCAGACCGUGGUCUUACGAUGCUUUGAAUGUUUCUGUUUUUUUUCUCUGCUGUGUUAGGAGGUUCGUUUUUCUCACAUUCAGUUCCAAUCCGGGACAAGUUUGUGCCUUGAACAUUUCUAAAUACAAGAAGGGGACACUUACUGUGAUAUGAAGAAGGAGCAGCUGUGUUUUCUACAGUGACAUUUUGACAUCAGGAUUUUUAUAAAGAAGAUAACAAACACGGUUAGUUUUUCCCCCUCUGCUGGGGCUCUCUUCUAUAUGUUGUGAAUAAUUUAUAUCAUAAUAGUGUGAUGGUCAAUAAUAAAAGAAAAAAAUGAAAAUGA